GGAUCGCCAAGAUGAGGUUAAAGAUAUUCUGGAGCUGGAAAGAGAACUGGAGAAGUCUGGAGGGCCUCCACAGAGUGCUUUGCUUCAUGAAGACUCCACCGGCAGCAAAUCAUGAAAAGUGGGGAAAAGGAAGAGGCUUGGGCAACUGGGAUCCAAAUGGAGGCAAACUAGCUAUGAUCAGAAAACGCUACAAGAAUCCAGCCAGUUUCUCGAGGACUCAGGGAACAGUAGCUGCUUCUCUGGGAAAAUCCUGCCACUGCCCAGAAGACCUCAAGCCUUCGAAGGAUCUGGAGGAGAGCUCUUGGAGGACUCAGCAGGCUGAAUCAAAAAGUGAAGGAACUCCAAUGAUUUCUUACAAAGUCCAGGUGGCCACCGGGAACUUCUGGGGCUCAGGAACCUUCAACUCGAUCUCCAUCACCUUGGUGGGCUCCAAGGGCGAAAGUCCAAAGCAGUCGCUGAAUAAUGUGGGGAAGGAUUUCCUCCCAGGAGCGGUGGAUGAGUACGAGGUGUCCAGUGAUCGGGACCUGGGCACGCUGCUGCUAAUCCGUCUCCACAAGGAGCCCUACAUGUUUUUCCCAGAGGACAGUUGGUACUGCAGCUUUGUCCAGCUGAUAACCCCACAAGGAGAGACUUACCGUUUCCCCUGCUACCAGUGGAUCGAGGGGCACCGAACCCUGGAGCUGAGGGAAGGCACAGGCAAACUGGCUUGUGAGGAUGCAGAAAACCCGUUGCUUCUGCGUCAUCGGGCAGAGGAGCUGAAGGUGCGGCAAGGCUGUUAUAGUUGGGCAGAAUUUGCUCCCGGAAUGCCGCAGUGCCUGGCUGUGGAGAACAUCGAGGAGAUGGACACGAAUGUGAAAUUCUCCUUCACCAAGCUGAGCACAUUCCUUCUGCGUUCGAAGCUCACGAAGGUGGAGAUGAAGCUGAAGGGCUUCUUGGGCUGCCGGCAGUCUUGGAAGAAGCUGGAGGACAUUCGGCGGGUUUUUUGGUUCAACAAAACCCCCAUAUCAGAAUAUGUUGCCGAUCACUGGAUGGACGACGCAUUCUUUGGCUACCAGUAUCUGAAUGGUGUAAACCCUGUGGUGAUCCAGAAAUGCACUGAGAUCCCAGCCAACUUUCCGGUCACCCAAGAGAUGGUGGCCACGUCCCUGGCAGAAGGCUCGUCCCUUCAGCAGGAGCUGCAGAAGGGAAACAUCUUCCUUGUGGAUUACAAGAUCCUUCAGGGCAUCCCGACCAACACAAUAGAAGGCCAACAGCAGUACAUGGCUGUCCCGCUCUGCCUGCUCUACCAGACGCCUUCCGUGGACCUCAUGCCAAUUGCAAUCCAGCUCAGCCAAACUCCAGGUCCUGACAGUCCCAUCUUCCUUCCCACUGACCCGGAGUGGGAUUGGACCCUGGCUAAGAUGUGGGUGCGUAAUGCUGACUUCCACGUCCACCAGAACAUCUCCCACCUCCUCCGGACGCACCUCAUCGCAGAGGUCUUUGCUGUGGCCACGUUGAGGCAGCUGCCCAUGUGCCACCCAGUCUUCAAGCUCCUGCUUCCUCACUUACGAUACACCCUCCAGAUCAACGCGUUUGCCAGGGUCAGGCUGAUAAUGAAAGGAGGUAUGAUGGAUCAGGCCACUUCUGCAGGCUACAAAGGAAUUGUGCCAAUUGUAGGAAAAGGCACACAGGAGAUGACCUACGCCUCCCUCUGCCUCCCAGACGACAUCGAGGCCCGUGGAGUCGCCUCGGUCUCUAACUACUACUACCGGGACGAUGGGCUGAAGAUCUGGGCUGCAAUCAAGAGCUACGUCUCGAACAUCGUCCAGUUCUAUUACAAGAAUGAUGAGCGUGUUGAGAGUGAUCCGGAGCUCCAGGCCUGGGUUCUGGAGAUCUUUAAAGAAUCCUUCAAGAACAGAAAAACCUCCGGUGCUCCCUCCUCGCUGAAGACCAUGGCGGAACUCACAAAGUUCCUGACAAUGGUGAUAUUCACCUGCUCAGCACAACAUGCCGCUGUCAACAGCGGACAGUACGACUUUGGCGCAUGGAUCCCCAACAUCCCCCCCUCCAUGAGAAGGCCCCCGCCCAAGGUCAAGGGGAUGGUGACCUUGGAGGACGUCUUGGAGACCAUCCCUCCAAUCAACACCACCUGCAUCGCCUUGAGUUCUCUGUGGUUGCUGAGCAACGAGGCAGGGGACAGGAGGCCGCUGGGAUACUAUCCGGACGAGCAUUUUACUGAGGACGAGCCAAAGCAGUUCAUCAAGGCAUUUCAGGUUUGCCUGGCUGAGAUUUCUGAGGAGAUCAACAAAAGGAACAAAUCUCUGCCCCUCCCAUACAACUACAUGAACCCUCCUGAGAUCGAGAACAGUAUCUCCAUUUAGGUCCUGUGAGACAACUUGACUGUGAAGUAUUAAAGCUGCUCACGAGACAAUGCCUUCACUGACAAAAAAUUUUACGCUGUAUACAUAGUUGCCUGCCCUGUCCUCUUUUGUUUCCGCCUCGGGAGGGAGAUCUCGCUCUUGAAAGUUUGGAACUGUCAGCAUUGUAUAUGCAGUAAGGCUGAUCUCCACUUUUCAUGGCUCAUUGGGUUGGAGAGGAGCAAAAGUGUGUGAUCUCUGGUCUCUGCCUCCUAUUAAACCACAGUCCCGCACAUGCUGGCUCACACAAUUCACCUUAAAGCCACCAUCCCAGAUUUCAGAAGAGCAGGCAGGGAGCAAUUUCAUCCGGUGGGAGUCGUGGCAGGAUUCUCACCAGGGCCGAUUCCAGACGGCCCUCCCUG